AUGGAUACUUCAACAGACACCCACCAAUAUGAAUUCAGCGACUAUACCCAGAGAGUCAUGGUAGCCACCCUGUUAAUGAUCGUAACAGUGGUGGGAGUUGUGGGCAAUUCCAUGGUGAUCCUAGCCGCGCUUCUAUCGAAAUCGCUGCAGACAAAGACCAUCACCUUCUUCGUCAAUAUGAGCGCUGCUCACUUAACGACCGCUCUUGUGUUGCCAUGGGAUGUCGUUGCUCUGCUGAGUAACGGUGACUUCCCCCGUGGUGAUCACGAGUGGAUCUGCAGUGUGACUACCGUUGUCAUCUCCAUUACCGUCGGCUGCGGUAUCUACACGCUGGCUUUCAUCGGUCUCAACCACUUCCUACUGAUCACCCAACCGACUACCUACCAAAAAGUCUUCACCCCGAGGAAAAUGGCCGUGUGGCUUAUUGUCACCUGGCUGAUCCCAUUUCUUGUCAUCCUUGUGCCACCACUGAUCAAUGUUGGUGAAGUUGGGUUCAACCAGAAAUUCCAUCUCUGUGGCACGAAAUCUUCGAAUGCAUGGAGCUUUAAAGUCUACAAUUCCAUUCGAGUUCUUGGCUUGUACCCCAUUCCUCUCGUUUGCAUCAUCACGUGCUACACACUCAUUUAUGUCCACCAGCAGCGCAAAGGCCAAACACUAGGCUCUUCUAGCUAUCAGGAUCCAUGUGAUGACAGGUCCCUAGACAGUGAUAUCACUCAGGGUCAGGGGGAAAAAUCGGCUGCAAGUAUCGAUCAGUCUGGAUCGUCGUCAGUAUCCUCACACGUCGUCGGCCAGACUCAAAUGCUGACGGAGACGAUGCCAUUCAUCAUCUUUGGGUUCGUUGCUCUCCUGACCCCGUACGCCGUGUGCCUCUUCGUCCGCAGGCUCGAGCCAUUCGUACCCUACGCAAGUGGUAUCCUGUUUUCAAGCACUUGCAUCAACCCCAUCAUAUACGGCUCCCGACAUCGUGACUUCAAGAUCGUCUUCAGUUCCAUCUUGCGCUGCCGUUGGAAUGACAUUCCCCAGUCUUCAACAUUCCUGAAAAUGGUGGGAUGGUCCAAGAGUCGUGAGAAGGAAACUGUAGGUUCCCAUGGCCAUGCCGAUUGA